CGCCAGGCGGGCGGCGGCGGAGGGGCGGGCUGGGCCGGCCUGGGGUCGGACUCGGGCCGGGAGCAGCGGGAGCCGGCGGACUCUGGGCCGGGAGACCCGACGUGGUCGCGUGGCGGGGGGCGGGUCUCCGGUGGCCGGGUGUUGGCCCCGGGAUCCGGCGGCCGCCGGCUGGAGUCGGCGGCGCUCGGCUGGGCCUGGGUCCCGGCUGCCCGGCUCCGUCACCUCCCGCUGCAGCCGCCAUGUGGUGCCUGCACUGCAACUCCGAGAGGACCCAGUCCCUGCUGGAGCUGGAGCUCGACAGCGGCGUUGAGGGUGAGGCCCCCAGCAGCGAGACUGGCACGUCCCUGGACAGCCCCUCGGCCUACCAGCAGGGCCCCUUGGUGCCCGGUUCCAGCCUGAGCCCGGACCACUACGAGCACACAUCGGUGGGAGCCUAUGGGCUGUACUCGGGGCCGCCGGGGCAGCAGCGCACGCGGAGGCCCAAGCUGCAGCACUCGACCUCCAUCCUGCGCAAGCAGGCUGAGGAGGAGGCCAUCAAGCGCUCCCGCUCACUCUCUGAGAGCUAUGAGCUCUCCUCGGACCUGCAGGACAAGCAGGUGGAAAUGCUAGAACGGAAGUAUGGGGGGCGCCUUGUGACCCGCCAUGCGGCCCGCACCAUCCAGACGGCGUUCCGCCAGUACCAGAUGAACAAGAACUUUGAGCGCCUCCGCAGCUCCAUGUCGGAGAACCGCAUGUCUCGCCGGAUCGUGCUGUCCAACAUGAGGAUGCAGUUCUCCUUUGAGGGGCCUGAGAAAGUGCACAGCUCCUACUUUGAGGGGAAGCAGGUUUCAGUGACCAAUGAUGGCUCCCAGCUGGGGGCCCUGGUGCCCUCUGAGUGUGGUGACCUUGGAGAGGCCUCCAACCUCAAGUCUCCGGCUCCCUCCAGCGACUUCGCAGAUGCCAUCACAGAGCUGGAAGAUGCCUUUUCCCGGCAGGUGAAAUCACUGGCCGAGUCCAUUGAUGAUGCUCUCAACUGCCGCAGCCUGCACUCCGAGGAGGCUCCCGCCCUGGACACAGCACGGGCCCGGGACACUGAGUCCAAGCCGGCCCUGCACAGCAUGGACCACCGCAAACUGGAUGAGAUGACAGCCUCAUACAGUGACGUCACCCUGUACAUCGACGAGGAGGAGCUGUCACCUCCUCUGCCCCUCUCGCAGGUGGGGGACCGGCCGUCCAGCACUGAGUCGGACUUGCGACUGCGGGCUGGGGGUGCAGCCCAGGACUACUGGGCCCUGGCCCACAAGGAGGACAAGGCUGACACGGACACAAGCUGCCGGAGCACUCCGUCACUGGAGCGGCAGGAUCAGCGGCUGCGGGUGGAGCACCUCCCGCUGCUCACCAUCGAGCCGCCCAGCGACAGCUCCGUGGACCUCAGCGACCGCUCGGACCGUGGCUCACUCAAGAGGCAGAGCGUCUACGAGCGCAGCCUCGGUGGGCAGCAGGGCAGCCCCAAGCAUGGCUCCCACAGCGGCCCCCCCAAGGGCCUCCCCCGAGAGGAGGCGGAGUUGCGGCCCCGGCCCCCUAGGCCCCUGGAUAGCCACCUGGCCAUCAACGGCUCAGCCAACCGGCAGAGCAAGUCUGAGUCAGACUUCUCGGAUGGUGACAAUGACAGUAUCAACAGCACGUCCAACUCCAACGACACCAUCAACUGCAGCUCGGAGUCGUCAUCCCGCGACAGCCUGCGGGAGCAGACACUCAGCAAGCAGACCUACCACAAGGAGACCCGCAACAGCUGGGACUCGCCCGCCUUCAGCAAUGACGUCAUCCGUAAGAGGCACUAUCGCAUUGGCCUGAACCUCUUCAACAAGAAGCCAGAGAAGGGAGUCCAGUACCUCAUCGAGCGUGGCUUCGUGCCAGACACGCCAGUGGGGGUGGCCCACUUCCUGCUACAGCGCAAGGGCCUCAGCCGGCAGAUGAUUGGCGAGUUCCUGGGCAACCGGCAGAAGCAAUUCAACCGCGACGUGCUCGACUGCGUGGUGGACGAGAUGGACUUCUCUGCUAUGGAGCUGGACGAGGCCCUCAGGAAGUUCCAGGCGCACAUCCGAGUCCAAGGAGAGGCUCAGAAAGUGGAGCGGCUCAUCGAGGCGUUCAGCCAGCGGUACUGCAUCUGCAACCCCGGGGUGGUGCGGCAGUUCCGGAACCCAGACACCAUUUUCAUCCUGGCCUUCGCCAUCAUCCUGCUCAACACGGACAUGUACAGCCCCAACGUCAAGCCCGAGAGGAAGAUGAAGCUGGAGGACUUCGUCAAGAACCUCCGAGGUGUGGACGAUGGUGAGGACAUUCCCCGGGAGACGCUGAUCGGGAUCUAUGAACGGAUCCGCAAGCGAGAGCUGAAGACCAACGAGGACCACGUGUCCCAGGUGCAGAAGGUGGAGAAGCUCAUUGUGGGGAAGAAGCCGAUUGGAUCCCUCCAUCAUGGCCUCGGCUGUGUGCUCUCUCUGCCCCAUCGUCGGCUGGUCUGCUACUGCCGGCUCUUCGAGGUUCCAGACCCAAACAAGCCCCAGAAGCUCGGACUGCACCAGCGAGAAAUCUUCCUGUUUAACGACCUCUUGGUGGUCACCAAGAUCUUCCAAAAGAAGAAGAACUCAGUGACGUACAGCUUCCGACAGUCCUUCUCCCUGUACGGAAUGCAGGUCCUGCUCUUCGAGAACCAGUACUACCCCAACGGCAUCCGGCUCACAUCAGCUGUCCCCGGAGCAGACAUCAAAGUGUUAAUAAACUUCAAUGCCCCCAAUCCUCAAGACCGGAAGAAAUUCACUGAUGACCUGCGGGAGUCCGUUGCAGAAGUGCAGGAGAUGGAGAAGCACAGGAUAGAGUCGGAGCUAGAGAAGCAGAAGGGUGUCGUGAGGCCCAGCAUAUCCCAGUGCUCCAGCCUCAAAAAGGAGUCAGGAAACGGGACGCUGAGCCGGGCCUGCCUGGACGACAGCUACGCCAGCGGCGAGGGCCUCAAGCGCAGCGCCCUCAGCAGCUCCCUGAGGGACCUCUCCGAAGCGGGGGUCCAUCAUUAGCAGUCCUCACAUGCGCCGGAGAGCUACAUCAACACGAGAGUGUCCAUCUCGCCCACACCAGACUAUGCCUAAUUCAUCCUCCCUCCUGGGCUCCUUAUUUGGGAGUAAGAGAGGGAAGCCCCCUCCCCAGGCCCACCCACCCUCAGCCCCUCCCC